AUGUGGUUCUCACUUUGUGUUUCACUGCUUCUGCUGGUUAAUGUUGCUUUCAGCAGCAUCAGCAGUGAUCCCUGCUACAACUAUGAGUCUCUGGAUCGUCCCUGGAGAGCCAACAAUGAAAGUGGAGGUUACGUUUGUGAUGAACGUUUCUCCUGGAAUGGCUGGUACCGGCUUUUCUACUAUGGAAUGAACAUCCAGAUGCCAGAGACCUGUGUUAGAUCAUACAGCUGUAACACAUACUAUUCUCUGUGGCUCAAUGGUCCUCACCCUCAGAUAGAGGAUGGAGGGGUGAUCAGAGAGGUCUGUGGUAAUUAUUAUUGGAGUGGCUGCUGUGAUUACAAGACAAACCCCCUCAGAGUGAAAGCGUGUCCAGGAAAUUACUAUGUCUAUGAACUUGUGAAACCACAAUUAGGGUGUUCAGGAUACUGCACAGAUGUCAGCACCAUUUCACGGUCGAUUUCCACUGUAAGUCCAGAUAUAAUUACUGGAUCCAGCAUUACCUUGAAUUAUGAUCCGUGCAAUAACUACAACAUACUUGACAACUACUGGAGAAGCACACUCAAUUACGGGUCCAUGUAUGGAUACAUCUCUGAUCAUGAUGACACUUGUGUAGAAUGGGAUGGCUGGUAUCGGCUCUUCAUUGAUGGAUCAAGUGCUCAGAUGCCUGAGUGGUGUGCAUCAUUUAUGUCAUGUGGAGGUUUUAGUUCCCUGUAUCUUGGCGGCUCUCAUCCUCAGCUAGAAGAUGGAGUUGUUACUCGUGAAAUUUACGGCUCUUACUAUGAUCAGUGCAGUCGCUACAGAUCUGAACCAAUCCAAGUUAAAUCUUGUCCUGGAAAUUAUUACGUCUACAAAUUUACCAGACCAACUCUUUCAAUCCCAGCUCCUGUAUAUUGUGCAGUACCUUUCUCCACUCUAAGCAUCGAUCCCUGCUAUAACUACACCAGUCUGGAUGAGCCUUGGAGAGCCACAGACAAUCCUUAUUAUAGUAACUAUUACUACAAUGGCAUGUGUGAUUAUAAUGUGGAGUGGAAUGGCUGGUACAGGCUGUUCUACAAUGGUCAAAAUACUCAGAUGCCAGAAUCAUGUGUUAAUUAUGGCAUGUGUGGCACUUAUAAUCCGUUGUCACUCAACGGCGCUCAUCCACAGCUGGAAGAUGGAGUUGUCACCCGUCAGGUCUGUCUCCCAUGGGGUGACUGCUGUGAUUACACAUCCCACCCUAUAAGAGUCAAAGCCUGUCCUGGAAACUACUAUGUUUAUGAGUUUGUCAAGCCUAGGUUUUGUUCAGCGUACUGUGCAGAGAGCGCAGGUCUCUGGACUUCCAUGACAAGCAAGCAACACCUCUCUUCUUGCUCAUUUACGACCCCCUUCUCCCCCUAACCUACAACUUCCAGCUCUGAUCCCUGCCAUAAUUAUAACACUAUUGAUGAAUACUGGAGAGACAUACGACAAAACAUGUAUCAGUACUCUGGACAGGAUGACACCCUUGUUGAAUGGAGUGGCUGGGAUCGGCUGUAUUUGAAUGGAGAAAGUGCUCAGAUGUCUGAGUGGUGUGUGAGUCAUAAGGGAUGUGGUGGUUACACUGGACUGUAUCUCAGUGGCUCUCAUCCAACACUUGAGGAUGGAGUGGUGACCCGUGAAGUUUUGGGAAGUCAUUUAAGUUCUAACCAGUGUGGCGAACACAAAUCAACCUCCAUCCAAGUCAAAGCCUGUCCAGCAGAUUAUUACGUCUAUAAACUCGUCAAGCCAAAUCUGUCGAUCCCCGCACCAAUGUACUGUGCAGUUGCUUUCAGCAGCAUCAGCAGUGAUCCCUGCUACAACUAUGAGUCUCUGGAUCGUCCCUGGAGAGCCAACAAUGAAAGUGGCGUUAACGUUUGUGAUGAACGAUUCUCCUGGAAUGGCUGGUACCGGCUUUUCUACUAUGGAAUGAACAUCCAGAUGCCAGAGACCUGUGUUAGUAGCUGUAACACAGAAUAUUCUCUGUGGCUCAGUGGUCCUCACCCUCAGAUAGAGGAUGGAGUGGUGAUCAGAGAGGUCUGUGGUUAUUAUUGGGGUGACUGCUGUUAUUACAAGAUAAAACCCAUCAGAGUGAAAGCGUGUUCAGGAAAUUACUAUGUCUAUGAACUUGUGAAUCCACAAAUCCAGUGUUCAGGAUACUGCACAGACAUCAACACCAUUUCACAGGUAGUUUCCUCUGGAAGUCCAUACAAUAUCACUGUAUCCAGCAUCACAUUGAAUUAUGACCCGUGCAAUAACUACAACAUACUAGACAACCACCAGAGAAGCACACGCAAUUACAGGUAUAUGUAUGGCUAUGCAGAGGGACUUGAUGACACUCGUGUAGAAUGGGAUGGCUGGUAUCGACUCUUCAUUGAUGGAUCAAGUGCUCAGAUGCCUGAGUGGUGUGCAUCAUUUAUGUCAUGUGGCGGUUAUAGUGGUCUGUAUCUUGGUGGCUCACAUCCUCGUGUAGAAGAUGGAGUUGUUACUCGUGAAAUUUACGGCUCUCACUUUUAUAAGUGCAGUCGCUACAGAUCUGAACCAAUCCAAGUCAAAGCUUGUCCUGGAAAUAAUUAUGUCUACAAAUUUACCAGACCAACUCUUUCAAUCCCAGCUCCUGUAUAUUGUGCAGUAUCUUUCUCCACCACAAGUGUUGAUCCCUGCUACAACUACACCAGUCUGUCUGAGACUUGGAGAGCCAUAGACUAUUCUAACAUUGGCAUGUGUGAAAAUAAUGUGGAGUGGAAUGGCUGGUACAGGCUGUUCUACAAUGGUCAAAAUACUCGGAUGCCAGAAUCAUGUGUUAAUUAUGGCAUGUGUGGCACUUAUUACCCACUAUCACUCAAUGGCCCUCACCCACAGCUGGAAGAUGGAGUGGUCAUCCAUCAGGUCUGUUUCUCAGUGGGUGGCUGCUGUACUUACACAUCCCACCCUAUAAGAGUCAAAGCCUGUCCCGGAAAUUACUAUGUUUAUGAGUUUGUCAAGCCUAUGCUAUGUGGAGCUUACUGUGCAGAGCCCUGUGCUGAACUCAGCUGCACAGAGGAUGAAUGGUGUGGAGAGAAAAACGGAGUCUAUGGCUGUUUGUGUAACGAGAACCAGACCAGACCAGAUUCUUUUGAUUUCUCAGAAACCUGUGAAAGCAGCUCUGGCUCCAUGUCUGUGUCUCGCUGUCAGCUCUUUGAGGCUGGUUUUCCAGCUGAUGUCUUACACCUCAAUGAUCCCAGCUGCAAAGGAACGGUCCGGAAUGGCAGAGUGGAAUUCCAUUUUGAUAACGAUGAACACAUCUGUGGCACAAAUCUUCUGGCCAACGGCACCCACUUCAUCUAUAGUAACUUUAUUCUGGGGACACCGAGGUCAGAAGGUCUCAUCAGCAGAGAGAAAAUCCUUAAGCUUUCUUUCAGCUGUGUUUAUCCUCAAACACAAACACUUUCCAUGAAUGUGGAAAUCAACCCACUGGAGAGGUGUCCCAAUGCAAAUGACGACACAGUGGAGCUGCUGCAGAACGGCGUCUCGACAUCCAGCCGUUUCUCCUUCAGGAUGUUUAUCUUCACUGCAAACUCCUCUAAGCUUUACCUGCACUGCGCUGUUCACCUGUGCCUUCUGUCAAGCAAUCGCUGCUCAACUGACUGUAACUCUGGACACCAGCGGAGAGAGCGCAGGUCUCUGGACUUCCAUGACAGUGCUUCCAUAUCCAUGGGUCCUCUGAUGUUGUCUGAAGGGAACACAGUUGCUUUCAGCAGCAUCAGCAGUGAUCCCUGCUACAACUAUGAGUCUCUGGAUCAUCCCUGGAGAGCCAACAAUGAAAGUGGAGAUAACGUUUGUGAUGAACGUUUCUCCUGGAAUGGCUGGUACCGGUUUUUCUACAAUGGAAUGAACAUCCAGAUGCCAGAGACCUGUGUUAGAUCAUACAGCUGUAACACACACUAUUCUCUGUGGCUCAAUGGUCCUCACCCUCAGAUAGAGGAUGGAGUGGUGAUCAGAGAGGUCUGUGGUAAUUAUUAUUCGGAUGACUGCUGUGAUUACAAGAUAAACCCCCUCAGAGUGAAAGCCUGUCCAGGAAAUUACUAUGUCUAUGAACUUGUGAAACCACAAUUCUCGUGUUCAGGAUACUGCACAGAUGUCAGCACCAUUUCACGGCCGAUUUCCACCGCAAGUCCAAAUAUAAUUACUGGAUUCAGCAUUACCUCGAAUUAUGACCCGUGCAAUAACUACAACAUACUCGACAACCACUGGAGAAGCACACUCAAUUACGGGUAUUGGAAUGGCGAUGCAAAUGGACUUGAUGACACUCGUGUAGAAUGGGAUGGCUGGUAUCGGCUCUUCAUUGAUGGAUCAAGUGCUCAGAUGCCUGAGUGGUGUACAUCAUUUAUGUCAUGUGGUGGUUAUAGUGGUCUGUGGCUUGGCGGCUCUCAUCCUCAACUAGAAGAUGGAGUUGUUAUUCGUGAAAUUUACGGCUCUGGCUAUGAUCAGUGCAGUCGCUACAGAUCUGAACCAAUCCAAGUUAAAGCUUGUCCUGGAAAGUAUUAUGUCUACAAAUUUACCAGACCAACUCUUUCAAUCCCAGUUCCUGUAUAUUGUGCAGUAUUGUUAACCACUCCAAGUGUUGACCCCUGCUACAGCUACACCAGUCUGGAUGAACCUUGGAGAGCCACUGACAACUCUUACUAUAAUGACAAUUACUACUCUGGCAUGUGUGAUUAUAAUGUGGAGUGGAAUGGCUGGUACAGGCUGUUCUACAAUGGUCAAAAUGCCCAAAUGCCAGAAUCAUGUGUUAAUUAUGGCAUGUGUGGCACUUAUUACUCACUAUCACUCAAUGGCCCUCACCCACAGCUGGAAGAUGGAGUGGUCAUCCGUCACGUCUGUUUCUCAGUGAGUGGCUGCUGUACUUACACAUCCCACCCUAUAAGAGUCAAAGCCUGUCCUGGAAAUUUCUAUGUUUAUGAGUUUGUCAAACCAAUUGUUUGCAGUGCUUACUGUGUUGUACCAGAAGCCUCAAGCCAGUCCAUCCAAUUAGUUUCUACAACAACAGAGAGAAUUCCACCCAUAGAAUCCAUUACUCCACCAAUCACAACCACUGCUCCCCCUGUUGACCCCUGCUACAACUACAAUGUUCUGGAUGAUCUAUGGAGAGCCACCAACAAUCAACAUUCCUCUCAAAUAAUGUGUGACUCUUGGGUCAGCUGGAACGGCUGGUACCGUCUCUUCAUUCAGGGUCAGAGCGUUCAGAUGCCAGACACAUGUGUUGAUGAGUAUAGUUGUGGCACUAUUGCUCCACUGUGGCUGAACGGAGGACAUCCAACAGUUGAGGAUGGAGUGGUCACUCGAGAUGUCUGCGGUCACUGGAGCAAUAACUGCUGCUAUUUCCAAUCCAAUCCCAUUAAAGUCAAAGCCUGUCCAGGAGGGUACUAUGUCUAUGAGUUUGUGAGCCCAACUACAUGCAGUUUAGCAUACUGUGCAGAAUCUACAACUUCCAGCUCUGAUCCCUGCUAUGAUUAUAACACUCUUGAUGAAUACUGGAGAGACAUACGACAAAACCAAAACUAUGGACAUGAUGACACCCUUGUUGAAUGGAGUGGCUGGUAUCGGCUGUAUUUGAUUGGAGAAAGUGCUCAGAUGUCUGAGUGGUGUGUGAGUAAUAUGAGAUGUGGUGGUGAAACUGGACUGUAUCUCGCUGGUUUUCAUCCAACACUUGAGGAUGGAGUGGUGGCCCGUGAAGUUUUGGGAAGUUCUCUAUGGUCUAACCAGUUUGACAACUACACAUCCACAUCCAUCCAAGUCAAAGCCUGUCCAGGAGAUUAUUACAUCUAUAAACUCGUCAAGCCAGAUCUGUCGAUUAACAGGCCUUCAUAUUGUGCAGUUGCUUUCAGCAGCAUCAGCAGUGAUCCCUGCUACAACUAUGAGUCUCUGGAUCGUCCCUGGAGAGCCAACAAUGAAAGUGGAGAUUACAUUUGUGAUGAACAUAUCUCCUGGAAUGGCUGGUACCGGCUUUUCUACUAUGGAAUGAACAUCCAGAUGCCAGAGACCUGUGUUAGUUCAUACAGCUGUAACACAUACAUCAAUCUGUGGCUCAGUGGUCCUCACCCUCAGAUAGAGGAUGGAGUGGUGAUCAGAGAGGUCUGUGGCAAUUAUUUUUGGGAUGAGUGCUGUAAUUACAAGACAAACCCCAUCAGAGUGAAAGCGUGUCCAGGCAAUUACUAUGUCUAUGAACUUGUGAAUCCACAAUUCUGGUGUUCAGGAUACUGCACAGAUGUCAGCACCAUUUCAUGGCCAAUAUCCACUGUAAGUCCAGAUAUAAUUACUGGAUCCAGCAUGACCUCGAGUAACAAGGAUUAUGACCCAUGCAAUAACUACAACAUACUAGACAACCACCGGAGAAGCACACUCAAUUACGGGUAUUGGAAUGGCUAUGCAAAUGGACUUGAUGACACUCGUGUAGAAUGGGAUGGCUGGUAUCGGCUCUUCAUUGAUGGAUCAAGUGCUCAGAUGCCUGAGUGGUGUGCAUCAUUUAUGUCAUGUGGAGGUUUUAGUGGUCUGUGGCUUAGUGGCUCUCAUCCUCGUCUGGAAGAUGGAGUUGUCACCCGUCAGGUCUGUUUAUCGGCGGGUGGCUGCUGUGAUUACACAUCCCACCCUAUAAGAGUCAAAGCCUGUCCCGGAAAUUACUAUGUUUACGAGUUUGUCAAGCCAAUGGUUUGUGGAGCUUACUGUAUAGUGACGGCGGCUCCUCCCCCUGUUGACCCCUGCUACAACUAUAAUGUCCUGGAUGAUCUAUGGAGAGCCACCAACAAUCAACAUUCCUCUCAAAUAAUGUGUGACUCUUGGGUCAGCUGGAAUGGCUGGUACCGUCUCUUCAUUCAAGGUCAAAGCGUUCAGAUGCCAGACACAUGUGUUGAUGAGUAUAGUUGUGGCACUAUUGCUCCACUGUGGCUGAACGGAGGACAUCCAACAGUUGAGGAUGGAGUGGUCACUCGAGAUAUCUGCGGUCACUGGGACAAUAACUGCUGCUAUUUCCAAUCCAAUCCCAUUAAAGUCAAAGCCUGUCCAGGAGGGUAUUAUGUCUAUGAGUUUGUGAGCCCAACUAUCUGCUAUUUGGCAUACUGUGCAGAUGCAAGGAACAUAAACUCUACCUCUACUACUGUAAUGCCAGAGACAACCACAACCACAGAAACUAUCUUAACAACAGCUCCCCCUGUUGACCCCUGCUACAACUACAAUGUCCUGGAUGAUCUAUGGAGAGCCACCAACAAUCAACAUUCCUCUCAAAUAAUGUGUGACUAUUGGGUCAGCUGGAAUGGCUGGUACCGUCUCUUCAUUCAAGGUCAAAGCGUUCAGAUGCCAGACACAUGUGUUGAUGAGUAUAGUUGUGGCACUAUUGCUCCACUGUGGCUGAACGGAGGACAUCCAACAGUUGAGGAUGGAGUGGUCACUCGAGAUAUCUGCGGUCACUGGGACAAUAACUGCUGCUAUUUCCAAUCCAAUCCCAUUAAAGUCAAAGCCUGUCCAGGAGGGUAUUAUGUCUAUGAGUUUGUGAGCCCAACUAUCUGCUAUUUGGCAUACUGUGCAGAGACAACCACAACCGAAACUACAGCCAAAACCACAACCACAAAAACCACACCCGAAAUCACAAGGACUGUUAAUAGAAAUCCCUGUUCUGAACUCAGCUGCUCUGAGGACGAAAGGUGCGGGAUGAAAAAUGGUGUUUACGGCUGUUUGUGUGAAAAGGACCAUCACAGACAACAACAACAUCAUGACUCUUUUGAUUUCUCAGAAACCUGUGAAAGCAGCUCUGGCUCCAUGUCUGUGUCUCGCUGUCAGCUCUUUGAGGCUGGUUUUCCAGCUGACAUCUUACACCUCAAUGAUCCCAGCUGCAAAGGAACAGUCAGGAAUGGCAGAGUGGAAUUCCAUUUUGAUAAUGAUGAACAUAUCUGUGCUACAAAUCUUCUGGCCAACGGCACCCACUUCAUCUAUAGUAACUUUAUUCUGGGGACACCGAGGUCAGAAGGUCUCAUCAGCAGAGAGAAAAUCCUUAAGCUUCCUUUCAGCUGUGUUUAUCCUCAAACACAAACACUUUCCAUGAAUAGGGAAAUCAACCCACUGGAGAGUGUUGUGCACAGGACUCUUCCCGCUGGUGAAGGCAGAUAUCAGGUUCGGAUGAUUCCAUAUGAGGAUGAUGAGUUUACUCGGCCCUUCACUGGUAAAGUGGAUGCAGAGCUCGACCAGAAGAUGAAUGUGGAAGUUCGUGUCGAGGGGGUUGACAGCCGCCAGUUUGCCCUGGUGAUGGAGACGUGUUGGGCUACACCUGUGAAUGAUCCUGAUCACAGUCUCCGCUGGGAUCUCAUCGUCAGAGAGUGUCCCAAUCCAAAUGACGACACAGUGGAGCUGCUGCAGAACGGCGUCUCGACAUCCAGCCGUUUCUCCUUCAGGAUGUUUAUCUUCACUGCAAACUCCUCUAAGCUUUACCUGCACUGCGCUGUUCACCUGUGCCUUCUGUCAAGCAAUCACUGCUCAAUGGACUGUAACUCUGAACACCACUGGAGAGAGCACAGGUCUCUGGACUUCCAUGACAGUGCUUCCAUAUCCAUGGGUCCUCUGAUGUUGUCUGAAGGGAACACAGAUGAGUGGAUCCCAGUGAAAGUGAAAGUAUCUGAGGCUUCUCAUCUCUGUGGUUCUAUGAUGCUGUUGCUUGUUCCUCUGAUGAGUGUCCUGACCCUCUUUUAG